AUGGUGAUGGUCUCACCGAACCGGGGGAUUCGGGCUAACCACACUCACCACAGCCUCACAACCGUAGGAAGCCGCGCCAGAAGUGCUGCUUGUUCUGUUGAUUUCCUGGAUAAAAUUGCCGAUUGCUCACAGAGGCAGUUGAAAGAUGUUCCCAGUGAUCUAAUUCAGGAUCUCACUUCACUGGACCUUACAUCAAACUUGAUCCAACGACUCUUGAACACGUCAUUCGUCCGGUACUCUCUUUUAGAGGUACUCAAUCUGUCUAACAAUCUCAUCAACUUCAUAGAUGUAGGGACUUUCUAUCCCCUAGCACACCUAACUAGCUUGAUACUUGACAGCAACCCCAUUUAUAACCUUAACGGCAGUGAUCUUUUUCAGAAAUCAGGUAGGUUGUCUAGUCUGUCCAUUCAGUAUUGCAACUUAACUUGUUUUCCGAAUGACACCCUCGGAUUCUUGCCUCAGCUCAAAAGCCUUAACUUAUACGACAAUGAACUGACAUAUAUCAAUAUUUCGAAGUGCCCCGAAAGAAAAUUAAAUGAGAUAUUCCUCAGUGAUAACUCACUUCAGGAAAUAUCAGCCGGUAGUCUAAGCAUUUUGUGUAAGACAGAUCUACUUUAUCUAGGUGAGACUAGUUACAAGAAAAUUGACGCUGAUGCUAUUGCCAAUUUGCCAAUUCGUUCUUUGGUUUUGGGGUUCCUGGAACAAGGUCAGAUCUUUGAAGUAUGGAAGACUUUCUUAACAGGUAUAUCUCUAUCAGAGAUAGACAAACUGUGUCUUUUGAAAGCAGUAAUGGUCAAAAAUCUACCCCGUGACUUCUUUGAUCCACUGUGGGGUAAAAGUCUUCACGUGGUAUUGCAGCAGAACAUGUUUAAGUUAUACCCAACCAUUUUCGCCAGUCUAAUCUCUGUUUACAAGAUGGAUCUUAUCACAUUCGAUAUAGGAGUUCUUGAACCUUCUUUCUUCGAUGGUAUGAGAGAACUCCGCAGCCUUACAGCUUCUAACACAAUGAUACAGCAAGUGAAUCCUUCGGGGGCAUCUUGGCAGAUUGAUCUUCUGGAAUUGGACCUAUCGGAGAACAAUAUUGAGAAUCUAAAUCCACUGGCCUUCAAGGGUCUGAAUAAUCUUACCUUCUUGGACCUUACUCGGAAUGCGAUGUUAUUCAAUGUGCCUUCAGCACAUCUAUCGGGACUUGGAAAAUUACAAACGUUGAAUAUAUCCCGUACGAGCGUUUCCGAAAUGCGCCUCCGUACUCCACUUCUCAGAAUAUUUGUAUAUACCUUUAGAGCAUAUGACUGGUGGCGCUCUCUAUCUGUUUUCAUUCCAGGCCAAACAUUCCAGUAUACACCAUCUCUAAAUCUAAUCGAUUUAACUUCUUCAUAUGUUGUAAUGCGUGAGCUUUGGGAUUCAUCUCAGAAAAUAUCCCUUUUUAAGGGACUUCACAACUUAACGCAUCUGGAACUAAAACAAAAUCGCCUCCUUAGGUUACCGGAAGGGGUUUUUGACGACCUUUUCGCGUUACAAAUUCUGGAUUUGACGAACUGCCAAGUUUUUGCAAUCGAAUCGGGAACCUUUGAUUCUCUGGCCUCAUUGACAACUCUGUUUUUGCAAGAUAAUAAUUUACAAAUACUUCCCAUGCACAUCUUGGACAACCUGAUCCAAUUGAAUAUCUUCUCAAUAAAAAAAAAUGCAUUGGUUUACAUUGAUAAAGGUUUGUUUGAUAAAACGUUGAUAACUUCAUUAGAUCUUUCGAUAAAUCUACUAACUAUUUUCAACGAGACAACAUUUUCCCGAAUUUCAAACACACUAUCUUCAAUUGAUCUGUCGCAAAAUCCAAUUGAAUGCUCUUGUAGCUCAAAAUGGUUAAACAAGUUUUUGAGUGGAACUAUAGAAGUUCAAAACGCAAACCAAACAACAUGCUCCUUUGCAUCUCAGAAACCUUUCGGGGGAAAGGACGUUUUGUCCAUCCAUCCAGACGAUCUCUGCUCACAGAAGUUUAUCUUUGUUCUUGCAAUUUUCUCUGUAUUAAGUGUCACUAUCAUCAUAGUCAUCACGUAUCACUUCAGAUGGAGUAUUAAGUACAAGCUCUUCCUGCUAAGACUUGCUGUUUUGGGUUAUGAAGAAAUCUUGGACGAAUAUAAACGAGAGGAUUACGAUUUCGACAUCCACGUCAUAUCGACAGACGAUGAUAUCAAAUGGAUACAAUCCCACUUAAAACCGACACUUCAAAUGAUCCUUCCGUACUAUGAGAGAAGAAGAAUAGUCUUCACUGAAGAUGAUCUUCCCAUUGGAAGACAUCGCUUAGAAGCCAUUGACGAUGUCCUGACUAGAAGCUUCAAGGUCCUUGUGUUGAUGAGCAAAGCUGCUAUUGCUGAUGACUGGUUCCUGACAUGUUUCCGUAUGGCGAUAGAUCAAGUGGACGAUUCAAAGACAGAGAAUAUUGUUCUUGUUUUCCUGGAGAACAUUCAAGAGGAUGAGAUGCCAUUUCUUUUAAGGUUGUACAUGGGAGGUCAAGGACCGUAUCUAGAGUGGGUUGAUAAUGAUGAAGAGAGUAGGAGGCAGGAAUUCUUCAGGAAAAGUUUGCUUAAAUGUUUUUCUGUAAACCGGAAGCGAAACCGUUACAUACCGACAGAAUGAGGAUUUAUUUUAUUGUCUCUGUUUUCCCCCCUUUUAAACACAUUUAUAGUUAUUUAAAAAAUCCCAGUCCAUCAGGGAUUUUCAACUUACACAUUUAUUAGUGGAC